GAAGAAUCAUUAAUAUCACAGAUUUAUCCGUCAGAAUAGGCAUGAAUAAUCUCAGCCAUUAUUAAUGGAUUACAAUUACUGUUGAUGUGGACCUCGACGAUAAAAUGAAGAGUUGACACAUGAUAAAUAAAGAGUUAGGAAUUAUUUAAUUUAACACUAUGCCACGUGUUAUUAUAAGCUGGGUACUUUUGAUAUGGAUUAUAUGCUCUUUCUUAUCUAUUCUAAUAAAUAUUACAAGUUUUCUAAGUCCAUAUUGGUUAAUACGUAUUGAAACACCAGAAACGCGUCGUUUAACAACUUGUCCAUAUAUUUAUAUGCAUAAUAAUAAUAAUGAUAAUAUCAGAGAUUCCUUUUCAAUAAAUAAUAAUAAUAAAUCAGACAGAGAAAUUAUUCAGUUGACACCACCAUCUAUUGGACCAUGGUUUCGAUGUCAAAGUACCUGUUCAAAGUUAUUCAAUAAUAAUAACAAUAAUAAUGAUAUAUUGAAUUGGGAAUUAUAUGAUGGUAGUUUGUUAAAGUGUCAAUUAUCUAUGUGGGGAUUUGGUGCUAAACCUGCUACAGCAAAUAAUAUAAUCUGGUUAUCUGGUUUAAUCAGUAUGAUUGGAUGUAUUCUACUGUGUAUAUCAUUAUUCUUUAUUCUGCUGACAUUAUGUAAGCGGGAAAUAUGUGAUCAUAGUGUGUUCAGUUGUACUGGAUCAUUACUUGGCAGUGCUGAUCUAAUUCUUCUCGCCUCUUUCAUCAUGUGGCCAGCAGGAUGGGAUUCAGUAACGAUCCGUGAAGUAUGCGGAGGUAGUGUUGGACCUUAUUCGAAAGGAAAUUGUUCUAUAGGCUGGGCACCGUUAACUGCCAUGUUUGGAAUAAUUCUCUUGUUAAUCAGUGCAAUCCUGUCUAUUGCAGUCGACAAAUCAAUCACUACACAGACAGCAACAAGACAAAUAUUAUUGAAUGGAAAGUCAUGCGUUUUCCUUCACUAAUAUGUACAAAUUAUGCCUGAAAUGAUGUGAGAUGAAAUAUUUGGUUUAGACAUAUUUUUAUUGGGUAUUUAUUAUUCAUACAGCUUAGAUGAUGAUUUAUGCUUAUACUGACAUAGAGAAGAGAAUAUGAGACAAAAUAUGCAUACAUACAUACAAAUUUAUGAUACUAUGUAAAUAAACAUUCCAAUUUGAUUUUGAUGCGCAAAAAGAUGCACACCUAUUUAAACAAAAUUUGUAAAAAAUUAAACAAAUUCAAACACAUUCACACACAUAUAUAUAACAUUGAAUAGUUACAGUUGCUGAUAAACUAGUGUUGUUUUUUGUUUGUUUGUCUAAACAUCCGCUAUCGAUAACUGC